CCUCAACCAACAACACAUCCUCCAUCUCCUAAAACCUUUCAGUAUUCUUCCUCCCCCGCCAUCGAUGUUCCCCUGCUUGACAGGAGAUGGGCCCUUUCUUCGCAAAGCGAUUGAAAUGUUUUUACUGUGGGUGUCGCUCACCCCAGGCUGACAGAGAGCCCAUUCGCAAAUGGCGGUGCCAACAUUGUGAGGCCAUCAAUUAUUUGGAUGAAAAUGGCGAAAUCACUGAUCCCCCUGCUUCGGAAACAAAUCCCGCUUCUCAAAACCCAAGCGCCUCGACUUUGCCCUUCGAGCUCAACGACUUCACAAGCUCCAGUCUAUUUUGCGACCAAUGCCUUCGCAAUCAACACCUAUUCACCAACAACCUAGCAUCCUACUUCCCACCCACAGAUGACCCGAGUUUCAGCGCAUACGAACGCGAGUAUCCCAAGUUCCGCAAAAACCUAGAGGAGCGGUAUCCGCAGGUAUGCGCCACUUGCGAGCCUCGAGUGAAACAGCGCAUUCGUGAGACCGGGUACGAGGCCAAAGCAGACCAUUUAAGGCGGAUGAUGGAUCGGAGUAAGGCUGGGAGAAUGGCGAGAAAUGCACGCCGAUGGAACUGGAGAAGCCUUCUCGUGUGGGCCGGCGCCAUGGGUUAUUGGGCUAGUGUUGCUGGCCAACUCAGCUGGGAUAUUUGGAGUGCACUGGCCGUCGAGGAAGUCGAACCGCUGCAGGACCCUGAUGCGCCAUCUGUAUUCCCUGACGUGGCUCCUUGCGCACGCGAAAUAGUGCAGACUCGUCGGAUACCGAGCUAUUGCGCGAUGGAUUUAGCACCUUAUGCUGGGCUUGCGCUCAUCGUCGGCAUUUUGUCCCUGUGGUGGAACCCUAAGUUACGCUUGAAGGUAGAAGGGAGGGGUGGGCGCUUUGCCGGUCUGGGCGAGUACUAUCAGGUACAACUCAUCGUCAUGGUGGUCCGGUGUGCCUUCUGGGCGGUUCUUAGGGAUCCAUCCUCGAGCGGACUGAACGCAAAUAUUUCGCCAACUUUACAUUUGUUUAUGUUCUUUUUCACCAUCCUGUCUGUUGCGAUAUCUAGGCGCAUUGUGCGAUACGACACCCGUCCGUUGGUCGUCUGGAACGAUGACACACCCACCGCCACACCCAGUCGGAAGACCGAAGCUACUUCAGCAAUAACCACUGGUAACAUGACGGGUACUAGUCGACGACGAUUCGCAAGUCCCCAAAGUGAUCUCCGGCAGCCUUCUUCUCGUUUUCCUCUAGACAAGCUUGCUUCUCCUCGAGCAAAUCCUGAGGGGCCAAGCAUUCCCACUCCACCUCCAGUGGCCGAUGACAUGGACUGGACCCCCUCGGUUGUUCAGCACGAACUUACCCCCACGUUCAGUGUCCGUCAGAGAGACAAGAAAUCUGUAGUCAAUGGCAAGGUGCCUAUGUAUGGCUUCGUGCCGGCUGCGCCUGGGUCACCCGCCUGGAAUUUGCGCAUUCAACCUCAACGCCCGACGUUAAACGAAAACGUUGGUGAGCGAAACCCGUUCCAGCACACCCCUGCACAAACGCAGUCAUGGCAACGAGCUACUAGCGAUGCCGAUACGGCGUUUGCACCUCCAAGAUUCUUUCCUUUGAGCGAUCAUACCGCAACGACUGGACUUGAGAGCCUGUUUGAUCGGACUUUCACCAUCAGGUCACCUGAAGAUACAGAUGACAAUGACUGGCAAACACACAAUCAAACCCCAAAUGAUCGCUCGCGUCAAUCCAUGAGUCUGUGGGGCUAUUUUGUGUACCAAUACCUUAGACUCGGACUCCUUCUCGUAUCUCUUGCUGUCUGGACUCUUUCGGGAUAUGGUAUAAUCUCGCUUCAAGGCAAUUAUGUUGAAAUUGCAUCAUUGGGCAGUGCCAGUCUGAUUGCUGGGUUUGCUCUUCUAGAGGUGAUGAAACAUCCUAUUAUGCAGUGGAAUGGCAUAGAAAUCCUUGUUUGUUUCGCCGAGCUGCUCGCUGCUAUUCACCUUGGAGGCCACCUUCCGCAGGUCGCCUAUCCGCGGCAAUAUUUUGACAAGUACGGAAAGCUGUUGCUCGUUUUCAUGACGGUCCAGGAGGCAUUGAACCUGUUCUCACUCUAUCAACUCGCCAUGAUAAAUGGGUCUAGGCACCAGCAACGAGAACAACAAUUACAGACCGUUGCAUCUCGAGAUGGGCGCGCUUCUGAGCACCAGUCUCCGUCUGCACUCAAUCACCAGAGCCAGCUUCGGUCCUUUAAUUCACAACCACCUGCGCCGGCUCUAUCAUUUUCAUCUACUGUUCCCACCUCGAGCUUCUCGGCGCACUCACCCGCAGCACCUAACCAAUCUGCUCCCUCGCCAUAUGACGGAGAAUUCUCCGAGAACCACAGUUUUACUCUGAACAGUCUGAAAGAGAACGAGUCCGAUGUGUCCGAUGCGUUCGACCGUGACUCUGACACUGAAACCACCAUAACCACAGCCACAUCAGCCACGAACACUACAAUUCGCAAUAUACGCUAUGGUCGGAACAACCACUUUGACGGCGGAUCAUUAUUCUCGCCCCGACGAUCAGAGCUAGGUCCAGGGAUCGGGAGCCUGAGUUUGGAGGAUGAGCCCGGUCGUCGCAUUACUCGCAGCCAGUCAAAGCUGAAGGACCGGUUCGCGGCGGCACGAGGUAUCCGGUAAUAGUCACGAUACAUCUCUUCGCUGAGGCCGUAUGACUUGUUCUUCUAUUGUCGUCGAUUUCGAGCGCUUGCACAUUUGGAGUUUGGCUAGCUAUUUCAUUCUCUUGCUAGAUAUGUUUUGUAUCAUGUUCAACGAGCCCACAAAUUGCAUAAGGCUACGACCAGGGCUGUUGGUUCUUCUGUAAUUGGGUCGGCGUGUUCAGCAAGUUUGUACAUAGCAAGCAGAAUGAACGACUUACGAUUUAAUGAG